ACUGUCCGUGUGCCGUACGAUUACCCUUUCAAGCUGCUUUUCGCGAUCGCUGUGGCCGAGUUAGAAGCGAGAAAGAAUGAGUGAAAGUCGCACCGACCCGGCGGAGCAGAUCGAUUCUCCCGAUCGCAGUGAUCGGAUCGAUUUGGCGUUUCUCCGCACACCGCGCAGCUACAGUCCCGAGCCGCCGGCUGCCGGCCCUAGUCGUUCGCCGAAGCCGUGUUGCUCGAAGUCCGCUUCGGUUCAGUCGUCCACGCGGUUCACUGAACCCCGGGGCGGCUUUUUUCAGGUGCGAUUCAACGGGUUCUUCAAGUGCACGAUCUGUUUCGAUAGCCUGAAGAACCCGCACCUGUGCCCGCAGUGUUCGAAGCUGUACUGCGCGCACUGCAUCACCGAGUGGCUCGAGCUGGGCGACGAGUCGUGUCCGCACUGCAAGGUCGUGCUGAAAGCGGAGCAGCUGGUAAAGGUGCGUUGGUUCGAUGAUCUCGUGCGCGAACUGCAAGAGAUGUCCGCCGGGCCCGACAGCCCAGCGCCGGAGCAUCCCGUAUCGACGGGGGUCGCCGUCGGCUGCGAGUCGGCCGCCGGAUCCAACAACCGGAGUGUGCCGUGCCCGCGCCACGGUAAGCUGCUGAACUUCUACUGUGCCACCUGCAGCCAGUGUAUCUGCGAGCAGUGCGCCACGGACGUGGACGAGCCACUGCACCGGGAUCACACGUUCAAGGCGCUCGACGUGACGUUCGAGCAAACGCUGAGCCUGAUGUCGGGCGAAAUCAAUAAAGUGCACCACCACCGGGAACGGAUGGUGGUGCGGGCGGAGCGGAUCGACCAGAGUGUACAGCUGUUUCGGCGCCUGAAGAUCGAGACUCGCCGCGCGCUGGACGCGAUCGCCGAGGCCGCUCUCGAGAGUCUCGAUCAGCAGCACAACGAGAAGGUGCUGGGGCUGAUCAAGCAGCGGUUCCAGAUCACGGACGAGAUAGCGCAGAUCGAUCACGAGCUGGACGACAUGUGGUACGACCUGGUGCACGGCAACAAGCCGCACGUCAUUCACCAAAAGUCGCAGAUCUUGAGUAUCUGCGAUGGCAUCCUGCGGAAACCGGUGCCGUCGUCGGACGAGGCACAGGUUCCGGGGUCCGUUGCCCUUACAAUAGACCUUCCGGGCAGCUUUGAGACGGGAAUGUUUACGAUUGGCCGGUUUUCGGCGCUCCAUCGGGAGAAGUAUCGGCACGAGUUCAUCGACAGCCGUGGCAGCAUGUGGCUCAUCACGGUCUGGUGUUCGACCGUGGCGGACCAUAUCGGGUGCCACGUGCAGCUCAUCGAAGGAACACCGACGAGGGUGGAAUGUACCGUGAAGCUGUUGCACUGCGAGCACCAGAAGACGAUUAGCAAAACGUUCCACAAGAGCUUCGAUGGGCGGAAUGGGCGGCCGCCGUCGGAAAAGGUGUUCGGUUGGGUCCUGGCGCCCCGCAGCACGAUCCUGGACGGGAACUAUUUGCGGAACGAUACGCUCGAGCUGCUCUACAGCAUGCGGGCGGGUGGCCCCGGUAGCGACUGGGAACAGCCGGUCCCAUCCCCCACGGAAUCCCGUUGAUACCUUUCUCCGUCUCGCUUCCGCUCGCUCUGCCACUCUCUCUCUCUCUCUCUAU